CAACAACCACCAUCCCUGGCAACAAACCAGGACUUAAACCAGACCACUGUAACAAAGGCAGACCAGAAAAGAAAAACACACCAGGACUAAAACCAAUCCGCUGCAACACAGGCAAACCAGAAAAGGAAAACACAGCAGGACUAAAAUCAAACCGCUGCAACAAAGUCAUACCAGAAAAGGAAAACAAACCAGGACUAAAACCAAUGCCCUGCAACCAAGGUAAACCAGAUAAAGACAAAAAAUCAAGAAAAUAUCCAAGCCCCUGCAACAAGGACAACAGCAACAAUAGACAUAGAUGCAACCCAUUAGCCAAAGGACGUGGAUGCAACCCAAUAGCCAAAAGACCAGGAUGUCAACAACAGCCUGAUCCUAUUAACACUUACUGCUGGACUGACUGGUUUGACAGAGACGACCCCACUGCAACAGGAGACUGGGAGAUACUUUCCGAUCUGCACAGGGAAAACGUAGGAAAGAUCUGCAAGCAUCCACUGAAGAUCGAGGUCCAGACCACAUCUGGACUCAAUGUAUCUGAAACAGGGGAUGUGAUUGCUGUAGCUGACACAACCACUGGAUUCAUCUGUAAAAACUCUGACCAGAAACAGGGAAAGUGUCAGGAUUACCGGGUCCGUUUCAUGUGUCCCAAUUCAUUCUGCAGUCAUAAAGUAUGCUGGACCAAUUGGUUCAAUCGGGACAGGCCUUGUGGACUUGGGGACUGGGAGCUCCUGGACAACCUCAGGAAGGAGAAUCCAGGAGAAAUCUGUGAGACCCCUCUCUUCAUAGAUGCUGUUACCAGUGACGGAAAAGAUCCAGCCUCCUCCACUGGGCAGUCGAUCUUUAUCCUCAGUCCAACUAAAGGAUUCGUCUGUCGAAACCGGGACCAGACUGGAGGCAGGUGUCAUGACUAUCAAGUGCGCUUUGGAUGCCCAUGUCGGUCCAAUGGUGACUAGCAAACGAAGUCCAUCACUAAAGUAGAAUACUUUAAAAUUAAUUAAUCAUUAAUUUAUGUUAUGUUAAGUAUGUUUAAAGUAUCAGUUACUACUACUUUGACUACUUACUAUUUUUUCUUUGUUACCGCUUUGUGAUUUAGAUGAUUAAUUUAAACUUUUUCUUAAAGAUUGUGGUGUGUGUAAAUUGUCACUGUAAUACAUUAAAAUAUUAA